GAUUUGGAGUCCAGCCCCAAUAUCCGACACAAAGGUAAAGGUAAGAAAACUUGCCAAAUUUCUGCAUCUCUUUCGUUCACUCUUCUUCUCCAUUCUUCUACUCACUGAGCAGCUCCGCUUCAAACGCCUUCCUUCCCCCAACCGAAGGGGAGAGAUAUCACCCCAAGAUGCCGGCAAUAGCAUCAUCAAGAAAUCCCGCUCAUCCAUUCCCCUUUAUAUUCUUCCAACUCCUAGUAUUGCAGGCGUUAGCGCCCGCCGGAGCCCACCGGAGCCCUUCCUCCUACGCGUCGUCGGCCCUGACAGAGUGGCGAUCCGCCCACGCUUCCUACUACGCCGCCUUCGACCCCCGCGACACCGUCGGAGGUGCUUGUGGAUAUGGGGAUCUGGGGAAGAGCGGGUACGGGAUGGCGACGGCGGGGCUGGGCGAGGCUUUGUUCGCCAAGGGGGAGGCGUGCGGAGGGUGCUACGAGGUGCGGUGCGUGGAGGAGCUGCGGUAUUGCCUCCCGGGGACGUCCAUCGUGGUGACGGCGACCAACUUCUGCGCCCCCAACUACGGCCUUCCCUCCGACGCCGGCGGGAUCUGCAACCCCCCCAACCAUCACUUCCUCAUGCCCAUCGAGGCCUUCGAGAAGAUCGCCAUCUGGAAGGCCGGCGUCAUGCCCAUCCAAUAUCGCCGGGUCAAGUGCAUCAGGGAAGGAGGCGUCCGAUUCGCGAUGGAGGGUCGGGGGUUCUUCAUCAACGUGCUGAUCAGCAAUGUGGCCGGUGCUGGAGACGUGACGGCGGUGAAGGUGAAAGGGACGAUGAUUGGAUGGCUGCCCAUGUUCCGGAACUGGGGUCAGAACUGGCACAUCAGCGCCGACCUCAAGGGGCAGGCCCUCUCGUUCGAGCUCACCACCAGCGACAGCGUCACUCUCACCUCCUACAACGUCGCUCCCAAGGACUGGGCCUUUGGCCAGACCUAUGUUGGCAAACAAUUCCCCUUCUAAUUAUAAUUACUACCCUCCCUUUUAUGCUUACAACAAUUUUGUUGCUUGCUACUAUUUGUGUAUUAUUAUCAUGCAAAUUGUGUCCAUGAAAGCAGGAAAUUAACCCCAAAAGCCCAAAGAAAAUGGGUGGAGGAAAGUUUAUAUUCUGUCUUCGUCCGGAUGGUGAUUGGGUGCUUGUGAAAGUUCCCGGCCCAACCUUUUUUCCCCUCCCUCUUUUUCAAAUCCUGAUGGUGGAUGCAUGGGUGGUGCUGCUUUUAA